AUGAGUCCGACAGGACCUGGGGGACAUGUAGAUGGUGACGCUUCGUCAGGGUUUGUCACAAUUUCCAAUUCAUGGUCUUCUAAUCGGGGUUUCUCCUCUAUGGGAGGAACGGCCGCCGCGCCUACCCGACCACUCGCAUGGGCUAGUAUCAGACAUCAAGUGUUGGAGGAUGAAAAGGUGGAGGCGGCGGACAAGGGUGGACCUAUUGAAGGUUGUUCUCAAGCGGUUUUGGUCACAUGUCUUCACUUAAGUCAUGAGAUGGCACUUCGGGAAGUGGGACAAUACGCUUGGACGACACCUAUGGUGAAAGAUCCCAGAGGAAGUAUGAUGCGGAUUAUGAAUGGUAAGUCUUUGGCUCAUUCAAUCAAUAAAUACACGAAACAAGUAGAAAAUAUAGCUCCUCAAUCAGGCCUCAAUGUCAGAGCUGCUCCCGAUCCAUCAAAGACGUCUAUCCAACAACACUUACAAAAAGCUCGUUUGGCAGCAGGUCCGGAUUCGUAUGUCGCUGUUAUAUAUUCUGGACAUGGUAUCCAAGAACCUCCAACAGAGGCAGGAGAGUUGUGGUGUUAUGAUAAGAGUUUUGAGGAAUGUGUUAAUGGUGGAGGACCUUCCGAGUACAUCCCCAUUCUCUUGUUCGACUUACUCACUUGGGCCGGAGCUGCUUCCUGUUACGUAUGGGAUUGUGCUCAUGCAGGUCGAUUCGUUCGCGCCGCCUUAGUAGAGGCAGAAGAAAUCGAUUCUCAACUUCGUGCAGCAGCACUUCAAAAUCCCACCGUAGCCGAACUUCAUCCUGCCGUUUAUUCCAAACGACAAAUUCAUUUCGCUGCUUGUGGAGCGGAUCAAGUUAUUCCUCGAAUUCCUGGACUUCCUGAUGAUCUAUUCACAUCAUGUCUCACCUCUCCUCUUCGAGUUGCUAUCUUAUAUCACAACUUACGCACCUUCCCUUUGACCACGACUCGCACUCAGGAGGACAAGAAACGGGUUGAAAAAUACUCUUCAAAAUCCCCUGCAUACAUGGCUGUUUUAUGGGAAAAUCUCACUCAAGAGAUUAAAGAUCGACUUUGGUCAGAAUUAUCUGCUAUUUUACACACCAUAGCAUGGCAAGCUUUAGAAGGAAAAGAAUAUCAAAAACUCUUUGCUCUAAGUGGUGAUAUCAUUUCCAACCUCGCAUGUGGUUUUCUUGUUGCUCAAAAAGUCCUUGGAUCUUAUCAUGUUAAUCCCGAAAGUAUCCCCAGUAUCCCCUCAACCACCUCGCAUGCUUUAUGGACGACGUGGGAAUUGAUCAUGGACAACUUGUUCGAACAACUUCCCAUGUGGUUUGACGAAUCGACAGAUAGCAGUUGGGUAGAAUCUAUCAGUUUGGUCAGUUUCAUGCAAGAUCAACUUGAUUCAAUAUUGGGUUCUGAUCAAAGUGCUCGUGAAGACCCCGAUGAACAUUAUCCCACAUUAUCACGCUUACCCAUCAUCUGUCAAGCUGCUCUCACUGAACAAUUCCGACAUCGAGCCGCAACCGCCCUAGAUGCCUGUUUACGUGGGUUGGACAUAAAAGGUUUGGCUCUUGCCAUUCAAGGAGGAGCGCUUGACACAGCUGCUCAAUUAUUGGCUUUGGACGAUCCCUCAAUCUCACGUGAGAUGAUAUCCAUCUGGGCAAGUCUGGUACGUCAAGAUUCGGCAGUUCUCAGCUUGGCGAAAGAAGGGCUCACAGCAAAUCGACUCACAUCAGUACCAUGUGUUAGGUUUUUCUUAGAUAACCUCGAUCGACAUGUCAAUUCAUUCGAUAAUGAUAGUAUCACGACUACAAUCCAAACCGCAGCCGUAUUAUCAACUAUCGCAAAUUUUGUCGCUGGUCGUAAAGCUCCUCUAUUCACGGAACGUACUCUGAAAAUGGCUGGCGUCAUGGUGGGUCUGGAUCAUCAUUUCGACACAUUACGCGAACAACUUAUCGAUCUUAUCGAUAGUCGUGUGGUGGAAGUACGAGCAUGUGCGGUAUACGGUCUUUCAAGAUUUAUCGAUGUGACACCAGUAUCUGAUAUCCGUCAAAUGAAAGGAGUACUCGAUGUCACUAAACAUCUUUUACGAUAUCCUCGAACUGUCGGUUCUCCUCUAGUUCGUAAAGAGUUAGUAAGAUUAUGGCAUCGUGUUUUGAGGAAAGGUGGUCGUUGGACUUCAAUCCUCCUUCUCAUGUAUUUUGUUCAACUCGCUUCCGAGUCAAUACCUCAAAAAGUGACUGAAUGUCAGGAAAUUGCUAGAGAUCUUUCCGAACAACUCGAUCUCAAGAAGGAACAACAUGACUUAUUUUUCCCAAUCAAUAACAUUUUCAAAUGUCUUCAUGUCAUGUUACAUGAUCCUAAUAAUCAAGUAUCUAGUAUGGUAGCCACUUCUUUCAAAAUCGUUUCAAAUGAAUUACGUUCACUUGUACGUGAGUCCCAUUGGGCCAAAUUGUACGAUGCGGUAUUCCCAGCUGUUCGUGGAGAGAACCUAUGGACCGAAAAUCAAAUAGGAGUACUCAAACAUCUCAAGGAAAGAUUGAUGCAAGUAAGGGACAAACCACCAAUGCUCAUUAAAAGUUUGGAAGGUUCAGGAAAAGGAGAAUGGAAUAGUGAUUUAUUCGAAAAGACGAAAAUGUCUCUUCACGCUUACCUCGCCACACAAAUACCUCGUAUGGUGGAAGAAGAAGAUCCAGUUCCUGUGGUGAGAUCGAGCGAGAGAACUUGGAUACUCCGACAUCGGGUAUUGGAAGAUUCAUUGGUUGUCGCUGAACAACAGGUCGGUUUACCAUGGAAAUGGAACAUGAAAGAGAUGAGCACACCAGAUCCUUGGUCUUUCAUUUGGUAUCACAGCUUUAAUUCAACGGUUUUGUCAUGUAACGAGUCGCCUAUCGUCAUGUUAUGGGACUGGUCAACAGCACGUAAAACAGGUCAAGUCAAACUCAAAUCUCCAGCGGGAAGCAAAAUCACUUCUGCCCGUUUCGUCAAUGAAUUACACGAACAAAUGGUCGUUUUGGCCGAAAUGAAUACAGGGGAUAUUCAUGUACUUGCUGGACCUUCACAUGAACCAUCUCAAAUGAGUACCAUAUCUUCGUUCCUUGCUUUGGACGUACCGCGCACAUCGCAAAAUUUCAAAUUGAGCGGUCAUCGGCAUUUACGUACCACUUGGUGGCGUCAGUCGGGUAAGUUGGCGGUAGCGGGAGCUAGUGAGGUUCUUAAUGUAUGGGAUUGUCAAGGAGAACGCUGUGAAAGAAGCUUACGGACUAAUGCCACAGUGGCUUGCAAAACACUCAUAACUGAACCGGUUUCAGGUAACAUCCUCUUAGGAGGCUUUGCGGAUGGUACUGUUCGAUUGUUCGAUUUACGACAACAGCGUAAGACACCGCUUCUGAGUUACUUGGGUGAUACGAGUGAGGAUAAGAGAGUCAGGAGCGGCAAGCGAAUAUAUAAAUUGGGCGUCAAGUUGGGGGAGAGUAAGCAUAUCACCACUGCAGGGGAGAAUGGGAUGAUAAACAUUCACGAUUUGAGAAUGCUCACUUCACCCACUUCUUCCAUCCUCGCCCACGCAGAUGGUAUGGCAUGGGCCUCCUACCAAGCUCAUUCCGGUCUCAUGUCCACUAUCUCCUCUCUCAACCCUCCAUCCGGAUCUUCGAACCUACACUCCCAUAGUCAUUCACACGGAGAACACAGCGGGAGACCUCGAGUCAACUGGGGACUUUAUCGCUCCACUUUGUCCAAUUUGAGCACGGUGACAGAGGACGUCAUUACGUUCGCCAAUCAGCAAAGCGACGUGUUGGCACAGAAUCAAGUACCAUAUACCGUUAUUCAUCCCUUGAGACCGUUUUUGGGUAUUGGGUACGGACGUAGCUGUCUUUUGAGGGGAUCAGGAGUUGGUAAAGGGGAGGACACGGAUUCGGGCAGUUAUUCGUUCUUGAAAGCGCAGGCCAGGUUUGUGGCCGAUUGA